AGAUCCAUCUUCAUGUGUAAGCUCUGUAACUUAUUUUCCCCGAACCAGUCAGAAUUGCUGUCUCACGUCUCCGAGAAGCAUUCAGAAGAUGGGACUAAAGUGGAUGAAAUCAUUAUUCUACUCAGGCCUCUAACGACGCCCACAAAUCUGAAUAAAAAUGGAGAAGAACUGCUUGUAGUGAAGAGGAAGAGAGGGAGGCCCAAAGGAUCAACCAAGAAAUGUUACGCUGAUGAAGAAUUGGCUGAAAACAGUACCUGUGCUCCAACUGAAGGGGCUCAACCAGGACCUGAAGAAGGAGGAGAAUUGGUGGAAGUUCCAGCAGACAACUUAGAAUGCCGGAAGUGCAACCGGAAGUUCUCUAAUUCUCGACAGCUGCGGAAGCAUAUCUGUAUUAUUGUUAAGCAUGAAGACUUAGAAGAAGAAGGUGAUUCAGGUAAUGAUUCUGAUGUUGACCUUGACAGGAGGGAAGAUGAGCGAGAAAAACCACCCAAGAGGCAGCGGGUACAGAAGACUGAGAAAAGCCUUUUCUCAAAAGAAGCAGACCAGGGCUCAGGAGCUAAGAAUCCUAUUAUAAGUGUGGUUUUGACAGCCCACGAAGCAAUUCCAGGAGCUACGAAAAUAGUUCCUGUGGAGGCAGCUUCUCCCAAAAUUGAGCAGCCAAUCAACUCAGAAACCUCUGUGUCAGAUUCAUCUCAGCGAAGAGGCUAUCAGGAAUAUGCAAUUCAGCAAACUCCUUAUGAACAGCCAAUGAAGUCAAGCAGGCUGGGUGCAACUCAGUUAAAAAUUUUCACCUGUGAAUAUUGCAACAAGGUGUUCAAAUUUAAGCACUCGCUUCAGGCCCACCUGAGGAUCCACACCAAUGAGAAGCCAUACAAAUGCUCCUUCUGCAGUUAUGCUAGUGCCAUCAAAGCCAACCUGAAUGUUCACCUACGGAAGCACACAGGAGAGAAGUUUUCUUGUGACUACUGCCCUUUUACCUGCUUGAGCAAAGGCCACCUUAAAGUCCACGUGGAGAGGGUCCAUAAGAAAAUCAAGCAGCAUUGCCGCUUCUGCAAGAAAAAAUACUCUGAUGUCAAAAACCUGAUCAAGCAUAUAAAGGAAGCCCAUGACUUGCAAGACAAAAAAGUCAAGAAUGUCUUUGAUGAGCUUCGCUUGAUGACUCGGGAAGGCAAGAGGCAGCUUUUAUAUGACUGUCAAAUCUGUGAACGCAAGUUCAAAAAUGAAUUGGAUCGUGACAGGCAUAUGCUUGUCCAUGGGGAUGAGAGACCCUUUGCUUGCGAGCUCUGUGGCCAUGGAGCCACCAAGUACCAAGCUCUUGAGCUUCAUGUCCGAAAACACCCAUUUGUGUACAUUUGCAGUGAGUGUUCAAAGAAAUUUGUCAGCUCCAUCAGGCUCCGCUCACAUAUCAAAGAUGCACACGGGGAAUUACCAGAGACGUCUGUUUUUAAUAAUUCCAUCAAUCAGAGCUUUUGUCUACUGGAACCUGGAGGAGACAUCCAGCAGGAAGCCCUUGGAGAGGAAUUGUCGCAGACUGCAGCUGAACUGUCACUCUUAAAUUCUAAGGCACUUUGUAUAGUAAAGUCUGUUUGCAUGGGAGAAGUAAAUACCAUAGAGGGAAACAAUAACAAUAACCCGGCUGAUAGUUUGGAAAUGUCUCCUCCUCCACUUUUGGAUUCUGAAAGUCCACCAGCAGCAAAUGCAACAGAUCCAGUUUGUGAGCCAUUAACAGAAUUACUGUCCCCACAUGCAAGCCCGGUUUGUACCUCAGAUAGCUUUCUACAGAAAAAUGCUUCACCGAAUUCAGAUGGAGAAAAGAUCCAUUCGAUAAAGGAAGAACUGUCGCUCAACUGUUCAGCUAAUGUCCAGUGUGAAGUAGAACAGCUUUUGGAAGAUGGAAGCUCCAGUUUAAACCAGAAUUGCCAAGGUCCACAGAGUGUUCCAGAUACCGAAGAAAAGAGUCAGACCAUUUGUCUUAAUCAUCAGGUAGUCAAGAAAUCAACACCUGAAAAGACAGGGUCCUCCAAUUCACUUCCCAUUCUAGAAUCCAGUACAGUGUCUGACCAGAAGCCAGAGUCAUGUCCUCAACCUUCAGAGGAUCAAACUGGAACUGCAGCCUUUAUGCAGAUUUUGGACAGUUUGCAAAAACAACAAAUGAGUACAGCCUUGUGUGAAAAGAUCAGGAAGGUCUACGGAGACUUGGAAUGCGAAUACUGUGGCAAGUUGUUCUGGUACCAGGUGCAUUAUGACAUGCACGUCCGUACUCAUACGCGAGAGCAUCUUCAUUACUGCUCUCAGUGCAGCUAUUCCUCCAUCACCAAAAACUGUCUUAAACGCCAUGUCAUCCAGAAGCAUAGCAACAUUUUGCUGAAAUGUCCCACAGAAGACUGCGAUUACUCUACCCCGGAUAAGUACAAACUCCAGGCCCACCUGAAAGUGCACUCGGAGCUGGACAAAAAGAAUUAUUCCUGCCCUGUGUGCGAGAAAUCAUUUUCUGAAGACCGACUUAUAAAAGCUCAUAUAAAGACAAACCAUCCAGAGGUUUCUAUGCACACAAUUUCCAAGAUUGUUGGCAGGAGAGUUCAGCUAAAAGGACUUAUAGGAAAACGAGCUGUGAAAUGUCCUUACUGCAAUUUUUAUUUCAUGAAGAAUGGAUCGGAUCUCCAGCGUCACAUUUGGGCUCACGAAGGUAUCAAGCCAUUCAAAUGUUCUCUGUGUGAAUAUGCUACUCGCAGCAAAAGCAACCUCAAAGCUCACAUGAAUCGCCAUAGUACUGAGAAGACACACCUGUGUGACAGGUGUGGGAAGAAGUUCAAAUCGAAAGGCACCUUGAAGAGCCAUAAACUCCUUCACACUGCUGAUGGAAAACAGUUCAAGUGCACUGUGUGUGAUUACACUGCUGCCCAGAAGCCACAACUUCUAAGGCACAUGGAACAACACGCUUCCUUCAAGCCUUUCCGUUGCGCACACUGCCAUUAUUCCUGCAACAUAUCUGGUUCUCUCAAAAGACAUUAUAAUAGGAAACAUCCCAGUGAGGAAUAUGUUAAUGCGGGUUCCGGUGAAUUUGCAGCUGAAGCCCUUCUCCAGCAAGGUGGUAUCAAGUGUCCUGUAUGCAACUUUGUGUACGGGACAAAAUGGGAAUUCAACAGACACCUCAAAAACAAACAUGGACUUAAAUUAAUGGAGUAUGAUGGAGAAGCCAAGUGGGAGCAAACUACAGAAAUUUCUGAAGAAACCUCUACACAAUACCUUCAUAUCACCGAAGCUGAAGACCUGCAAGGAACUCAGGCUGCUGUUGCUGCUCUACAGGACCUAAGAUAUACCUCAGAGAAUGGAGGAAGACUUGAUGCCACCACAGCUGUCAACAUCCUUCAGCAAAUCAUAGAGCUGGGUUCAGAGCCCCACGAUGGUGCUGCUGUUGCUUCUGUGGUUGCCAUGGCCCCAGGAACCGUUACUGUGGUGAAGCAGGUGACCGAAGAGGAACAGUCAGCUAAUCACACAGUGAUGAUUCAGGAAACGUUGCAGCAGGCUUCGGUUGAGUUGGCUGAGCAGCAUCAUUUGGUUGUCUCCUCGGAUGAUGUGGAAGGAAUUGGGACUGUGACAGUUUAUACUCAGGGGGGAGAAGCCUCAGAACUGAUUGUUUAUGUGCAGGAAGCCAUGCAGCCUGUGGAGGAACAGGCAGAGGAGCAGGAACAAUCUGGACAGAAAAUCUAGAUAAAAUCCUCCAGCCAGGAACUCAAGAAAUCACAAGCUAUUAUUACACCGAUACAGAUACAACGUAUGCCUUCAGGGAUAAAAUAUACUGAACAACAUCAGUGUGAGAAGACCCAAGCCAAGAAGGAGAGGUGAUCGUCGGUGAAUUGCCACAGGGCUCGAUAAAGCUAUCUGGGUGUGUUAUAUGCACUUUAAGAAAAUGGUAGAGUUCAAAAGACUCUUUUAAUCACAGUUUAGAAAGCUUAUCGAGAAGGCAGAAGGACAGCAAGGCAAAACAAAAGGCUACACCAUGAAGCUGCUUCUAAGAAUAAGCUCCAUAUUGAACCUUCUUGAUGAUAUCCACCCAACAGCUGGAAAAACAACCAUCCAUUGGCUAACCAGGGUCACUCGUUCCCCAGCUUGCUUCUAGAUGGGUUUAGAAAGAGUCAGCAUUUUAAUCUUCUAAAGGAGCUUUGCUUUGCGUGCUUUCAAAAACCCAAGAACAUUUUUGAGUUUUCAAAGACUCAAGAAUGUUAUCUUAAGAAAAUGUGUUCUUAAGAUACACGCAUCUUUUAAUUUCACACACACACCCAUUUCCCAAGCAUGCCAGAUACAGAACUCCUGCCACUGUUCUUGUUUCAGAUGUCUGGCUCCUGUUAGAAUGGAAGUGUUUUACUAUUACCAUGUAUUUUGGGCACAUGCAUUGAAGAUAAUUUGAGAGGGCAGAGGAGGUUCUAACAAUCCAUGAAGCUUAAUUUUGUUUUUCCUCCUGGUUUCCCUUUGCAAGAUUAUAAUAUUUUCAGAAGUAUAAAAAAUGUGGACUUUUUUAGAGCUUGGCCACUGUAUUUUAGAUUAAUGUUCAUGCUACAGGGUUAUGUUUCUCAUAAUAUAUAAUGAAUGCAAUUUUGAGGCAUAGAGAAGUAAUUUAACAUCAAGAAAACUGCGAAAGCCAGAAUGAUAAAGUGGUAUUUGGGGUCCUGUUUUCCUUGUCUGAGAAAUGUUGAACAUUUUCUUCACUAAAAGCACAGCUCAGUAGCCAAAGCUCAGAUCCAUUAUUGUUAAUCUGUCUUUAUAAAACUAAACAAAUUUGCCGUGAGAUACAUUGGCCAUUCUGACGGCAUCUUAUGGGAGUUAUGGUCAUAUCACAUCAAGAGGCCACCAGGGCUGAUCUACAGAAAGCCUAAUCUUUUCUAUGCCUUCUUGAAGAAUGGGGUAAAUAUAUUUUAGGAGUCUACAGCAAAAUUACAACAAUAAGAACCUUGGCAGUAGUUCUAAGAGGUGGCCCCCAGUGGGGUGAACAUUCUGCAGUUGAUGAAGAAAAGGGAGUAGGAUUUUGAGCAAGAUUGUUUCCACAUGGCCAGUCAUUCUAGUAAGGCUGUCUAAUGGGAUGUUGCUUCUCAAUUUGCUUUGGGGAGGAGAGAGAAGAUACGUUGUGACUGACACCCAGUCAGAGCGCACAUAAGAAGAGCUUGCCCUUCAGAAUCUAAGGAACAAUGCUAGCUUAAUGAACAGGUCAUGAUAAAACUUGAGAUUGAUUAUUUUUAUUCUGAGGGAGAAAGAUAAAGGGGAAAAAAAAAACGAGGAAUAGCCUGACUUCCCUUUUUCUGCUAUGAAUUUUUAAAUUAUCAAAGCACAUAUUUGUGAUUAUGAACAGAAAUUAUGUCAUCUGAUACAUGAAAUAGCUUAGAGUUUAACUCUUGUGAUCAAGUCUAAGGACUUGAAUAAACUUACAUCAAAUAAAAUGGAAUUUUAAAAUGUACAUAAUACAAGUUUUAAAACCUGGUGGGCAGCCUUUUUUGAGAGGAGGAAUUCCCAGACCCUGUGCCCAAGCAUACUGAUGACUCAGUUGACGACUCAGUUGAUUUCCCUGUGGUUUUGGCGGAAACAGAGAAUAAAACACUUGGGUAAUCCCUCGAUUAAACUUAAUGUGUUUUUUAAAAAAAAGAAAGAAAAAGAAAAACAGCAUCAAUAAACAAGAAUUUAAAUAAAUUCUUUAUACCUCCACAUUAUUUAUUAAAUUAAAUUAUUAAAUUUAUUGAAUGCAUAUGCCACUGAAUCAUUCAGAGUCCUGGUGGCUUACAGGAAGAGACAAUAAAUAAAACAUUCCUGGUAAAAAGAAAAAAACUACAGUAAAACAUCCACAAUAAAAGAAAAAGAAAAAGAACCCACAACUCCCAGAACACCAGAAUGCAUAGCAACUCCUAAGAAGUCAAAAACAGAAUUACUAGGUGCAAUACAAAAUAGAAGCAUAACCAGCGUGGCUAAAAGGUAAGCCUUCGCUGACUUCCAAAAAAGGCCAUAACCUCAUUGAGUCCGUCAUCCCUCCUCAAAAUAUUCAGCAUCCAAGAGUUGCUUCCCGCUGCCUUAAAUCCUUAAUAUACAGGAGAGAGCUUCGGAGCACCAAAAUUCAUUUUUUGCUACAAGUGAAAUCUGUAUCUCUGCAUUUUUGCGUCAGGUGAUGCCAUUCCCAUCAGGCAAAGUAAAGUUGGCUUUAAGUGAUGCAUUACUCAUGUGCACCUUUGAGCUAGAUUCUGGGAAAAGGAGGAGGAGGAAGAGGAAAGGGAAGUCAUUGGGAACAAAAGUGGUUUGUAACUAUAAUUUGGUUCAUAAAAAACACAGAAGAGUCACCCUUUAGUCACUGCAGCAUAUAUGAAAUAAAACUAGUAUUACUGGCUUAUAAAUAUCCAGAUAUAUGCUUUAAAAAUAACUAGCUUCCCCUGGAAGCUAAAAAUUGUUUUCCUGUACCUGCGUUUAGUAACUUGAAUUGAUAUCAAGUAUUGCUGUAUUAAAUUAAUUCUGCGAGAGAGAUGGAUAAUGGAUUCUGAAUAAAAACACAUACCUCUGAAUAUAUGAAUUGAUAGCGCCAUUCCCUGGAGCACUUCAAAUUAAAAAUUAAAACCUGUUCAUUUGUGAUUUUAAAAGAGAAGUAAUGUUCAUGGCUUCCUAAAAAUUCUGUUAUAUGUUGCUAUCAUUGCAAAACCUACUCUGUGGGCCCUAAGGACUGUCUUGUUAAUAUGUAAAAAAAAAUGUUUCAUGGCUUUAAUUGUAAAUUAUCUCUGACUCGAAUAAUUGUACAUACAGGAAAUAGAAAGCAGGAGGAGAUCUGUAAUAUCUGUAGCAGCAGCCCCCAAAACAAGAGUGUGCAUGAUUUCAGUUGGUUGGAGCAUGCCCGGGAGAUUAUCAGUGAUGUGCAUAUAAGGAACAACUUCAUCAUGUACAUCCCCCUUACCUUAGGAGGGAGUGUCCAAUAUAUAUAUGGUCUAUAAACCUUUGAUUUUUCCCCUCCCUUUAAAAUCCAACAAGCCAAUAAAUUCUUCUCAAAGUC